UUCCUGGAUGUUUCCGUGAUGACAGGGUCAACAAUAUGGCGCUGUCCGUGGUUCAUAUAGAUGCUUCAUCUGCUGGUUGAUGUGUAUUUUUUAUUUAUUUAACGCUUUAUGAGUUUGCUAUUACAUUUUACAAACUGUGAAGUAUUAUCGGUUCUCUAUCGGGCCCGUCAGUUGACAUAAAAACCUAAAGGACCCCUGUUAAUACCUGAACAACAACCAUGUCUGGGUCUAAUGCUUGGAGUCGAAGUCGAGAAAAAAUGAGACUUUUCCCGGAACUUUUUGCCCAGUGUGCAGGAGAGGCAGCAGCGUAUGGGAAGUGUGUAGCAGCUACCACUACAGGCAGACAGGAGCUGACCAAGGACAUGUGUGCCAAGGAAUUCACAGCACUGAAGACCUGUUUUACAAAUGCAGUAAGUGGCAAAGUCAGCAAUCCUCCUGCUGGUCUUGUGUAG